CUAGAGCCUAGAGCCAAAAGAAAAAAAAACCGGCAAAAAUAUAUGACCGAUGUUUUGAUUUUUCGUGAAUCGCAACCAACAUUUUAUACACAAAUAAUCUUAAUUGUUAUUUCUCUGGUCUCUAUUUUACUUAUUCAUAUAAAAAUGUCUAAGCGAAAUAGCGUCGGCGCUACUACUAAUAAUACUCUUUUUAAUUAUUUUACCAAAACUCCGCCUAGUACGAAGAAAGUGAAACUUAGUGUAACUAAUGAAAUAAAAACUUCUACAGAAACUGUACAGACUUCAGAAAACAAAAAGAGAGAACGGCAAACCUCACCCUCUCCAAGAAAAGACAAUAAUAAUCACACAGAUGAUGAAUCUCCAAUUGCACCAAAGAAAAGAAAAAGAAUCCGUCUUAAUCCUUGUGAUACCGAUGAUUCUGAUACUGAAAACAAAGAAGAUAAUAACAUAAAAUCAAAGAAAAAUGCUUCACUAGGAAAAAAAUUGCAGGAAAGUUUUCAAUAUGACCCUUCUGAUACACCAAAAAGUAAAACUAAGAAGAUCCCAGUUGCAAUUCAAGUUAAAACUGAGUCUCAAGAAUCACCAGUUAUUGCUGAGGAAGGUGAUUGGGUUCAUUGCAAACUAGACUGGCUCAAGCCAGAGAAAAUCAAGGAUGCCAAGGGACGUAGGCCAGACCAUCCAGAAUAUGAAUCAACCACACUUUAUGUACCUAAGGAAUUUAUGAAGACUCAGACUCCGGCUCAUAGACAGUGGUGGGAGUUAAAAUCAGCGCACUAUGAUUGUGUACUUUUCUUCAAAGUGGGAAAGUUCUAUGAGUUGUAUCAUAUGGAUGCCGCUGUGGGUGUCAAUGAACUAGGAUUCUCUUACAUGAAGGGUGAAUUUGCCCAUUCGGGGUUUCCUGAAAGUGCAUACGCGCGAAUGUCUUCAACUUUAGUGUCUAAGGGAUAUAAAGUAGCUCGAGUUGAACAAACAGAGACCCCUGAAAUGAUGCAGGAUAGAUGUAAACGAGAACAAAAAACAAGUAAGUAUGACAAAGUGGUUCGUCGUGAGAUUUGUCAAGUGUCUCUGCGAGGGGCACAAGUUUGCGGCCUUCAAGACAAUGGUCCUUCGGAGUCGAACUCACCGUUUAUGAUGGCUGUCGCUGAAGAGGAAAACAAUGGAAUAAGUACAUACGGUGUAUGUUUUGUUGAUACGUCUAUUGGUCAAUUCCACAUCGGUCAGUUUAAAGACGAUAAACACUCUUCGAGGCUGCUCACAACCCUUGCGCAUUUUCCACCUGCUUUGAUUAUCUCCGAUCGCAAGUCAUGCACAACACGAACAAGUAAACUUCUGUCCACACAUUGUCAUAGUGCGAGAAGGGAGACGUUAAAUAUGGCGCCACCAGAGAAAACGCUGAAAUUGUUGGCCGAAAAAUAUUACAGGACGAAUGAAAAUGGUCAGUGGCCGGAGGGGAUCUUGCAGUUUUUACAUGAAGGUGACGUUUUGGGUCUAACGCCGGCUGCGAAUAGUAGUUUAGCAAUUAAGGCUCUGGGAGGCUGUGUAGCGUUUCUCACGGAAUGUUUGCUUGAUAUACAAAUUUUAGGUAUGUCUCAAUUCUCUGAAUAUACACCCCCUGAUGUGCUUAAUAUGACUUUGCAAAAUGAGAAGACUCAAUGGACUGGUGGUAGUACAAUGGUCUUGGAUGCAAUUACGUUGAGAAAUCUUCGUGUAGUACAGGAUGAGGGAUGUCUCUAUGAUAAAUUAAAUUUAUGCUCUACCCCCAUGGGAAAAAGAUUACUAUAUCAAUGGGUAUGUUCUCCGAGCUGUGAUUUGACAGUGAUCAAGGAACGCCAGGAAGCUGUCAAAACUCUAUUUGAAAAUCAAGACAUCUGUCAAGAGGUCAAGAACUUGCUGACAACGUUGCCAGAUCUGGAACGACUUUUGGCUAAAGUCCAUGCCCUCGGGAAUUUAAAGAAAUCAAAAGACCAUCCGGAUUCGAGAGCAAUUUUAUAUGAAGAGAAGACUUAUUCCAAAAGAAAAGUACUGGAUUUUAUUUCGGUACUCAAUGGGUAUACAGCUGCGUUGAAGCUUGCAGAAUUAUUCUGCGACACCGACUCUGUCUUAUUGAAGAGGAUCACCCAGCUAUCACCGGAAGGGAAGUUUCCUGAUUAUAGAGAGACUUUGAAAUUCUUUAAGGAAGGCUUCAAUCAAACUCAAGCGGAGAAGGAAGGAAAAAUUUUGCCGGAAGCUGGUGUGGACCAAGAGUAUGACAACACCUUGGAGCUUAUCGAAGAAAUUGAGCAGGAGCUUAAGAAUUACUUGGUGGAACAGGAGAAAUACUUCAAGUGCAGGAUAACAUAUGUGGGUAGUGAUAAAAAGAGGUACCAAAUGGAAAUUCCGCAAAAUGCCGCAUCCAAAGCAGGAGGAGAUUAUCAUAUGGAAGGCGCCAGGAAGGGAUUUAAGAGAUAUUCUACUGCUGAGACAAAGGACUUCCUCGCACGCAUGAUGGCGGCUGAAGAGCAAAAACGCGUAGUACUAAAGGAUCUCAGUCGUAGAAUAUUUGAGAAAUUCUCUAGUCAUUAUUCCCAAUGGGCCGCUGCCGCACAGUGUGUUGCGACGUUGGAUGUGUUACUGUCCCUUUGCGAAUUCGCUACACAACAGACGAGCGAUAUUUGUUUGCCUGAGGUUACAUUUGGCGAUACACAGCCCUACAUAAGCAUAGUAGAAGGCCGUCACCCCUGCAUACCAAUUGUGAAUGAUUUCAUCCCAAACGAUACAUCCCUUGGGGAGAAAGGAGCCAGUUUGUUAUUACUAACGGGACCUAAUAUGGGCGGGAAGUCCACUCUAAUGAGACAAGUCGGAUUAUUAACUGUCCUUGCGCAUUUGGGAAGCUACUUCCCGGCCCAGGAAUGCAAGCUCAGUUUAGUGGAUCGCAUCUUCACCCGUUUAGGGGCUUCUGAUGAUAUUCUGUCCGGUCAUUCCACAUUCCUUGUGGAGAUGAAUGAGACGGCGGCCAUUAUUAAACACGCCUCGCUUCAUUCCCUUGUGUUGUUGGAUGAAUUAGGUCGCGGGACAAGUACAUACGACGGUACGGCCAUAGCAAGUGGAGUGUGUGUGGAAUUGGCAGAGCGUGGAUGUAGAGUGUUGUUCUCCACACAUUAUCACACACUCGUCACACACCUCGCGACACACCCUAAUGUGCAACUGGGGCAUAUGGCAUGUAUGGUAGAAACGGAGGAAACGGAAACUGAUGAUAUCCCAGAAGAAACAAUAACCUUUUUAUACAAACUGAGCCCUGGUGCUUGUCCAAAAUCCUAUGGGUUUAAUGCCGCAAAAUUAGCAGGGAUCCCGCAAGAAAUAACGCGUCGAGCGCGUAAUAUAUCGAAAAAACUCGAAGCCGAAGCUAAUCUAAUAAGGGCUUUCAAAGAUAUAAUGAAGAUUGGUCAAGUAUCAAAUAUGAGGAAAAUUCUUGCGGAAUUGACAAUUUAAUUUUUUUUUAAAUAUCUAGAUGAUGAUAAGAUGUGUUGUGUACCUAGGUAUGGUCGAAAGACUCAAGCCUGCCCCUUAGGUUUAAAAAAGUAUAUGACAAGCAUAGUAUUUAAUUGCAGCUGGUUUAAUUUGAAAAACGAAUGUCGUUACCGGGCCUUAAAACCUCUAAAACAAUUUUUUUUUUAAGUUUGCUUCAGAUUCUAAUGAUUAUUCCAAUGUAAAAUCGUUAUGAUAUUUUUAUAUUUACUGAUUUUUUAUAAGGUUGUUAAAAUAGUCCCAAUGAGAAUUGAAGAAUAUAAAUUUUAACAUACGAUCUAACGACUUUUAUAGAGAAACUGUUAAGUCUUGAAAUUAAAAAAAAGGAGUUCCUUUACGCUUUCAUCCUUAGAGCCUAAAUAAGUUAAUAAACGUAAGAGAUAGAUUCUUUCAUUUUGAGUUCCAAUGUCUUUAUUACUUUGCAACCAAAAUAUUGUUACAAGAAUUAUAACCACACCACUGUUGUUUCUUCGCCUAAAUAUGAUUUUUAAAAAUAUUCUGAGGCAUUGAAAGUAUUGUUAGGUUAGGUUUUUGAUUUUUUUAUCGUCCUAGAAUAUAAGUUUGUUAUACUUCUUAAUGUUUUAUCAGCACCUGCAUUUGUGCCAUUUUGAUACUAAUUGAUAAAACUAGCAGUAAAAGUACAAUUAUUUUUUGCUAAAGAUUUUUGUAAAACUCCUUUUAAAAUGUGAUUUUUAAUGUUACUAUUAUAAUUGUGAUUGUUUGGCCCACCAUGUGAACCAAUAAAUAUUUUUUACAAUAAAAA